CACUGGCCAGUUACUUGCGCCUAUUCACAACACUGGACUUAAAAAACAUUUGCAACAAAAAAAAAUUAAAGAAUCUUACGUGUGAAAUAUUAAAACCAAAAAAAGACAUCCGAGGGCAUUCCAACCACCCGUCGCACCUAGUCAAAGAUGUGCCAGCGAUAGGCCGAACGUCCGCACCGAUAAAAAGCUAUCAAUCUGUUCGUUGGCGCUGCGUCCGGAGGGAAGAAGUAAUAACACAACACGUCAGACGUGAAGAGCAGAUAGACGAGAUAAGCAAUGAUUAAGGCUGAUACGUGGAUGUGCCUUCUGGUGCUGCUCCUGGUCUGGCGGCUGCGAGCGGAGGAGCUGCAGGGGCCCACUCCAGAUGUCACGGGCAGUAGCACGGGUCUGGGCACGGGCACUGGCACCGCCACACCCACCCUGCCCGGCGAGUCGUCCACCCAAGCUGAGGCCGAUGAGGUAACCACGGCGGAAACAGAGUCACGGGUCCCCGCGGAAAGCAAUGAACGCAAGGCCGCCAAACCGAAGGACUCAACAGAGUUCGCUACGCGCACAAAGGUCAUGCCGGCUGCCCUGCUCGAACGCCUCUAUACCGACACUCUGAUGAGGCAGCAGAAGCUUAAGGCCGAGAUUGCAAAAAUCGAGGCCCAACGCCAGCCAACUGAGGUGGCGGAACAAACGCCUGAGCAAAUCGAAGCGCAAACCAUGUACGAGAACGCAAUGGACAUGCUGGCCAAGCCGCGGACGGACAAGCGAGUGGCCUUCACGCUGCUCAAAAAGGCAGCAGCCUUUAACCACCUCAAGGCAAGGGCCGAGCUGGCCUGGGCCGUGCUGCUGGGUCACUGGAUGGACUUCGAUUUCAACCAUGCUGCCGACGAGUUUGAGAGCCUGGUCAACGAGGGAGUCCCAGAGGCACACAUGGGCUUGGGAUUCCUCUACUCGGCCGGAGUUGGCGGCAAGAAUGUGAGCCAGCCACUGGCUCUCAUCCACUACACGUUGGCCGCGCUCGGAGACAAUACGCUGGCCCAGAUGGCCAUGGGAUAUCGCUAUCUGUACGGCAUCAAUGUGCCCAUCAGUUGCGAGAAGGCACUGAUCCAGUACAAGCGGGUGGCCAAAAAGGUGGCCUCCAAGAUCACCUUCGCCAACGGACCAAUCGUACAUCGUGUGCGGCUACUGGACGAGCUGGAGAAUCCCGGUAGUCACGAGACCGAAAUAGUGGACUACUACCAGCUGCUGGCCGACAAGGGUGACGUCCAGUCGCAGGUGGGACUGGGCCAGCUGUAUUACCAGGGCGGCAAGGCCAUUCAGCAAGAUCACCAGAAGGCCCUCGAGUACUUCACCCAGGCAGCCAACGCAGGCAAUGCAAUUGGCUUUGCUUUCCUGGGAAAGCUUUAUCUGGAGGGAAGCGAGCAAAUCAAGGCAGAUAAUGACACGGCAUUUAAGUACUUCUCCAAGGCCUCGGAAAUGGGCGAUCCAGUGGGCCAGAGUGGACUGGGACUGAUGUACCUAAAAGGCUUGGGCGUGCCCAAAGAUUCCAUCAAGGCGUUGUCCUACUUCACCCAGGCAGCUGAUCAAGGAUGGGUGGAUGGCCAACUACAACUGGGCAACAUGUAUUUCACUGGAAAUGGCGUAAAAGCUGACUACAAGCUGGCCCUCAAGUACUUCAACCUGGCCACGCAGUCCGGCCAUGUAUUGGCCUACUAUAACCUGGGCGUAAUGAAUGCCUACGGCAUGGGUAUAUUGCGUUCUUGUCCAGCAGCAGUUGAGUUCUUCAAGACCGUUUCCGAGCGUGGACGUUGGAGCAGCCGCCUGAUGCACGCCUACAGCGACUACAAGACGAAUCGCAUCGAUGAGGCAUACAUGCAGUAUUCGCUGAUGGCCGAAGUGGGCUAUGAGGUGGCCCAGAGCAACGCCGCAUUCCUCCUCGAUCGCGAAGAGGUGCAUGUAUUCAAUGAUCGGCAUGAGGAUCUGAUUCGCGCCUUCUACUACUGGAAGCGAGCUGCGGGACAGGGCUACUCGGCUGCCCAAGUUAAGCUGGGCGAUUAUUAUUACUACGGCUGGGGCACAGCCACGGACUUUGAGACUGCAGCCGCUCUUUACAGGAAAGCAUCCGAGCAGCAAUAUAAUGCCCAGGCGAUGUUCAACUUGGGUUACAUGCACGAGCAGGGGCUCGGAAUGAAGAAGGACUGGCAUUUGGCCAAGAGAUUAUAUGAUCUGGCUGCCGAGACCAACUCAGACGCCAAGGUGCCAGUGGCCCUUGCACUCUUUAAGCUGCAGAUGUUAGCAAAGAUUGAAUCAAUCAAGGAAUCCCCAUACAGGUUCAUCUUCUACAUGGAUGAAAACAUUGCCGCCAACUGGGAUUUGUACAUGAUAACCGUUUUAACUCUGCUGCUGGGCAUCAUCAUGUACAUGAGGCGACCAUUUCAGCAGCAGGAUCAGCCGGCAGCAGCACCUGCUGAUGAUAUAGCCGCUGCGCCUGUUAAUCUGGCUCCGGUGGGAGCUGAAGCACCCGUAGUGGCCGGCGCUGAGGCUGCAGUGAGAGCACCUUCCGCCGCUGCUGCCGUUCCUCAAGGUGCACCUGCGCCAUCCACAUCUGCGGGAGACUCCGCCACGGCUGUAGCACCGGAGGGAGCUAGUAGCUCAACGACCGCGGCGCCAGAUGGCGUAAACGCCAACACACUCGGUCCCACUGACUAGUCUUAGCGAAUUGGUUAAUCAUCCCUCUAGGUUAAUUAGUGUGCGUGUAAAUAUUUAUCAUCUAAUUUCGCCGAUUUAAUAUUUUUUAUUAAUUCUAAAGCCGACCUUUUUAGAUAUUUAAAAAAUAUCGUACUCAGAAAUGAAUGUUGUACUGAUAAACCAAUGAACCGAUCGACA